AUGCUGCGCCCCACCGCGUCCUGCCUGAAGCUCAAGCGCAGGAAUUCCCCGUAUGUGCAGAAGUUCCUCGAGGGUUGUCCUCUUCCGGCGACGCUUGUGGAUGACCUUGCGGGGGCAAACCUGAGGUCGUCCGCCCCGUUCUUCACCACGAUGCCGCGAUACAUUGUGGCGAGGGAAAAUCGCCUCUCCAAGUUGUUUUUCCACCACGCGCUCUACCCGGCGGGUGGGGCGCGGCUGCCGUGUCGCGUGGUGGUGGUGCGGGGGGGCCGCGGGGUGCGGAAUCAGCCCCAGACGGCGCUACCCGCCUCGCAACGCGCCUCCGCUGAGGCCACUUGUCGUGUGCAACAGGAUCCGGCGCGACGUUCGUUCUUCUACGCACGACCCGUUGCCCUGACGCCGCCUCGCCUCAGACAUGACGUGCAUCCCAACGCCAGUGAAGCGCAGGAGGCGGCGGUCAACUCCAGUGGGAUGGAUGGCGGCGGGAGAGAGACGGCGGCAGUGUCGCCGCGGCCUGCCGAGGACAGUGUGCUGGCGCCCCUCUGCGGCGUCAUCGAGAGUCAUUUUGCGGCCCUCUUGAAGCUGCAGGCGGCGGACGAGGCCAGCGGCGGUGCCGGAAGGGCAAUCUGGGAGGAGCUGACGGGGCUCCUGAGCGGUGGCCACGGCGGAGUCGUGACGAAUGCGGAAGGGGUGGAGGAGCCGGGCGCCUCGCACGGAGAUGUUGUGGGGGCGUUACUGCGGAGUGCGGCGUCCGCCCCCUCCUCCUUCUUUCACGUCCACAGUCAACUGCCGUCCUCGGCGCUGUUUCUGACGCGGCCCCCUACAGACGUUGGCGCCGCCACCCACGCGGCAGUGGCUCCCCUCGGUAAAGGCGGAGCCGAUCACACGCAGAGCUCGGUGGUGGCGCGACUUGCCGGCGGGUUGGAGCCUGCUGUGCCCUUCGCUGUGGGGUACCCUUUGCCCGUGCGUCGUUCAGCGGCCUGCGGGGCUCCUGACGGGAAGGCAGAUGCGGCCGCAGACAUAAUGCCGUUUGGACACAUUCAGUGCCUUCUGCGUGUCUGCACAAGCGGGGGGGCUGCUGGCGAGAAAAGCGCAGAGGAAAUUGCGGAGAGUCCAAAGGCGUGCGGUGAGACCGCAUCCCCGAUGCACGCGUCUGACGCCGCCGCCUCGGCGCCGCGUAGCCGUGCGAGCAAGUAUUUAAGCGGCGGAGGUGCCUCUCCCAGCGUUCCGACUGGAAUUGUAGAGCCCUGGAAGUUAGGCGUGAGCUUGGACCCAAAGAUACCUUUUUAUCUGAGGACAAUGACGGAACGGCGAUUUGCCGCGGCGCCCACCGGCAGCGCUGGCGCCGAUGCAUCAUCGGCGUCCCCCUCAUGCGUCUCUGCCUUAUUGGGGCGAAGCGACUGUGAGACGUACCUUCUGCCUCAGCGCGAGUUGCUUUUCACCUUCUAUGCCCCCGCGGAGGUGGUCGCCAUGUGCGCAAAGCAAAACGAGGAGCGCAUGCAGCGGCAGGCAGCGUUGGGGUAUGGUGGCCCGACGCACGCUUUUGCGGACGCUCCACGGACGGCGCGACGUCUUCUGCAGGGGGCGCACUGCAACCAUGUGGCGGCAGAGGCGGCAGCGGCGGCGUCGAAGAGUGACACGGCUGCCGCACAUACACCGCAACGUGACUCUGCUGUGUAUGAAGUUCGAGCGCUGCCGGGGGAUGUUGUGUUUGUCCCGCGGGGGUGGCGCUACCACGUGGAGCGCAUUAUUGGCACUGCCGUCAUGGACGCCGUCGCGGCCGCGCCGACGCCAGCAGCAGCGGCAGGGAAGCAGGCGGGGGCUGAGGGGUUGCCGCGCGCCGCCUUACGGGCCGCCUUCCUGCACAACGCCCCCUCGACGUUUACUUCCUCGCUGCGGCCGGCGCACGCGGCGUCGCACAAGACGGGCGCAAGCACGGGCUGCGUGGAGGCGGCUGCAAUACGCGGCGUUGAGGUGGAGGCCUUCGUGUUGUGCUACAAGCCGUACCCGUUCCUGUCGGCCGAGCAGGCCGCGACGUACGUGCCGGCCAACUACGUGCGCCGCGGCGUCGAGGAGUUCUACGCCAAAGGUGGGAAUGACGUGUUUCACAGGUACGUGUAA